AUGCUACCUAAAUCCAUCUUCCGCCCAUCCACCUUGAAGGGCCUCUCACGAUCACAGACGAGAUAUCUAUCUGCUCGAGCAUCCAAGAUCCUGUCUUCCCUUGACUUACCUACCGAUACCAAUACCACCAUUCCUGGUUGCUUCGACGGUACUUCAUGGAAAGGUUCAGGGGAGGAAUUGAUCUCUAGGUGUCCUGCUACGGGAGAAAUCCUGGGAAGGGUCAGAGGGGCAUCAAUCGAAGAGACCCAUUCGGCCAUUCAAGCAUCCCUCGAAGCAUCCAAGAUCGUACGAAGGAUGCCAGCCCCAAAACGAGGAGAAGUCGUGAGACAAAUCCGAGAAGCAUUAUCCUCCAAAGUGGACGAGCUGGGAGAUCUGGUAUCGCUAGAAAUGGGUAAGAUCAAAAGUGAAGGUAGAGGUGAAGUAGUUGAAUUCAUCGAUAUCUGCGAUUACGCUACGGGAUUAUCGAGAUCGAUGAAAGGGAAUGUAUUACCUUCGGAAAGGCCUGAACAUGUAAUUUACGAAAACCCAAACCCACUGGGUGUAGUGGGAAUACUCUCCGCUUUCAAUUUCCCUGUAGCGGUCUACGGAUGGAACAUGACCAUCGCACUCGUCACUGGAAAUUCGACCAUUUGGAAACCUGCUCCGUCAACUCCCCUUGCGUCUAUAGCAGUCACAAAGCUGAUCCAACCUGUCUUGGAGAAGAACGGACUUCCGGCUGCUGUUGCUGCUCUUGUGUGCGGUGGGGUGGAUGUGGGUAAGGCUGUUGUGGGAAGUACAGAUAUACCUUUGAUCAGUUUCACGGGAAGUGAGAAGGUAGGAAAGGAAGUUGGUAAAGCCGUACAAGAUAGAUUCGGAAAGACCAUCCUCGAACUUGGUGGAAACAACGCUGUCAUUGUAGAUGAAGAUGCCGACCUCGGACUCGCGUUGCAGGGUGUACUGUUUGCUGCUGUCGGAACUGCCGGUCAGCGAUGUACCUCAACACGACGAUUGUUGUUGCAUAAAUCCAUCUCUUCCGAAUUCCUCUCCCGUCUAUUGAAGAUAUACGACUCCACUCAUCCAACUAACCAAUUACUCGUUGGUGAUCCCUUGGAACCUUCCACCUUGAUCGGUCCCUUGCAUAACCAAGCUGCAGUGGAAAAGUACGAAAAGACCUUGGCGGGUAUAACCGAACGUGGAGGAGAAAUAUUGACGUUGAGAUCUGGAAGGAUAGAAGGUGGUGAAUUUGGGGUAGAAGAUAAGGGGAAUUGGGUAUGGCCGGUUGUGGCCAGGCCAUCAAAGGAUGAUGAGUGCUGGAACGAAGAGGUCUUUGCGCCUAUUCUGUAUGUUAGGGAAUUUGAGACGAUCGAAGAGGCUAUUGAAAUCAACAACUCCGUGCCUCAAGGUCUAUCAAGUUCUCUGUUCACUUCGAAUGUCCAAUCGAUGGGUAAAUGGUUAAGUCCCGAUGGAAGUGAUUGUGGAAUUGUCAACGUCAACGUAGGUACAUCGGGAGCUGAAAUUGGAGCAGGAUUCGGAGGUAACAAAUCGACUGGAUGGGGAAGAGAGUCCGGUGGGGAUGCAUGGAAACAGUAUGUUAGAUGGUCGGCGGCAACUGUCAAUUAUUCCUCAAAGAUGCCUUUGGCGCAAGGUGUCAAUUUCGGUAUUCAGGCGUGA